AUGUCGUCUCAGUUCUCCGUGGCUAAGCUCCGAGCAGCCACCAACAACUUCUCUACGGAUAAUGUCGUUGGAUAUGGGAGGAGUGGGUUGAUCUACAAGGCCAAUCUCUCCAACGGACUCACCGUCGCCAUCAAGAACUACGACCCUGAUCGAUUCCAAGGCUUUCGGGAAUUUCGGGCCGAAGCCGAAGUUCUAGGCAAGCUUCGACACCCAAAUAUCGUUAAGCUUUUGAGUUAUCAGGCGUCCGGCUCAGUUAUGCUUCUUGUUUAUGAUUGUGAUCUCUGGCUCCGUCCCUGCAAGUUAAAGAUUAUUAGAGGUGUAGCCAAUGGUCUCGCUUAUUUGCAUGGGUUGGAAAAACCCGUCAUUCAUAGAGACAUUACGUCCAGAAAUGUGCUGGUGGACUCAGACGAUGAGCCUCGUAUUAUUAAUUUUGGGCUUUCUAGGACUAUUGACAAGUGUCAUUCGCUUUCGCAUGUGUCAACGGCAGUUGCUGGGUCCGUACCGUACAUGGCGCCGGAGUACAGGAGUGGGAGCACCAAAGCCACGGUGAAAGGCGACGUGUAUAGUUUUGGCAUUUUGAUGAUGGAGACUGUAAUAGGACCCACAAGGUGUAGUCAAUAUUUCGACGUUUCAGCUCAAAACAGAGAUUUCGAUCUUGUAGAAUGGGUUAGGGGUGAGAAGUUGGCCAAGAUCAUAAGCGAGUACUUCAAUUCUGGCUAUUUGGACAAUGCCCUAUGGCCUGAGUAUAUUCGGAUCGCCUUAUUGUGUGCUAGUGAGAACCCAGAAGACAGGCCUGUGAUGAACGAGGUUGUUCAAAUGCUAAAUCAAAUUCCUGGACAGACAGCUCCUCCCCCUGCUUCCUCCAGUAGCACCGGUAAAAAAAAGGUCUGGGGUUUUCUUCGUUUGUAA